AUGCUACGAUUUAGACACUUUUGUGGGAGCCUGCGCCAUAUAUCAACUUCUGGUCAUCUCUUCAAACUCCUCAAGAAGAAUGAGCUUCCGCCUCGGCCAAAAUGGCUUAUAGUGGAGGAAGAAAUCAAAGAGGUAUUUCUAAAAGGUGGAAGAGGACCAGGAGGCCAAAAGAUCAAUAAAAGUAAUAGCAAGGUCCAGCUCACCCAUAUACCGACCGGUACAGUCGUCACAUGUCAGUAUUCUCGAUCUCAGGAGCAGAAUCGGAAAAAAGCUCGAGAAAUAUUGGCUCUCAAACUUGAAGAGCUUCAGAACCCACAGGGUUGUAGAACUGCCGUUCUCCGAGAUCGUGAGUCAAAAGUUAAGCUCAACAAGGCAAAAAAAUCUUCAAGAAAGUAUAGGACAAUAGAAGAACAACGGCGACUAGAGCAGGCCAUCGAAGAUAAAGAGAAUGAAACUUUGAUAGAUAUCGAAGAAGAGUUUGAAUCUCUAAGAGAGAAACUCACUAAAAGACUGUAA